AUGCGAGUAACCAGUGUGCCACUGAAUGGGGACCUGGGGCUGACCGGAACCAUUACCUCGUCACUGUUUAAGAUGCUUCUGCCAUACUAUCUUCUAGCAGCCGCCGCUACGGCCAUGGCGUCGCCUACCGUGUACCUCAUCCGACACGGGGAGAAGCCUGAUGAUGGCGGCAAUGGUCUCAGCGCUCAGGGGGUCGAACGCGCUCAAUGUCUCCGAUCAGUCUUUGGCAAGGAAUCAGGGUACAACAUUGGCUAUAUAAUGGCACAAACACCCAAAAAGAGCGGCAAGCGCGUCCGUCCCUAUGAGACAGUUCUUCCCUUGGCUGACGACUUGGGCCUUACGGUGGAUACUUCUUGCGACCGCGACGACCCCAAAUGUGUGAAGAAGGCCGUCAAAAACUACAAAGGAGACGGAAAUAUCUUGAUCUGCUGGCAGCAUGAGGCGCUCACGGAUAUCGUGAAGAAGCUUGGAGCCGACGAUGCACCUGAGUAUCCAACUGACAGGUUCGACUUGAUUUGGACUGAUCCUUCGCCGUACACGAAAAUCACGGAGAUUACGAGUGAGCAGUGUCCUGGACUGGAUAGCUAA